CAAUUUUGUCGAAAAUUUAACUAUGUAUUAGGAGAAUAUGAUAGCACAAGAGGUAGCACUAAUUCCUAUUGAUGACGUCAUUUCCAAGAAUUCCGCAUUGCUGAAUUUGACGUACUUAUACAACUAAUUUAAUAGCGACCAGGACUGUUAUUUCGAGUUAUAGUUCUCGCUAAGGAAUGGGUGUUGGUUAUUCCAGGAGUAGCGGACAGGUAAUUAAAUAGACAGUAAGUUAAGUAUAUGUUUAACAAGAUCUUUAUUUCACUUUUAAACGACUGACAAGAUACAAAAAUCUUACAUUUAUAAAAUAUUUUAAGACUAACUUGUAGUAAUGUACAAUGAAAUUAUAUACUUGUAACCGAUUAUUCAUCUUAAUUGAUAUAUAAGGGUGAUUUCCUCUCUGGUAUCAUCUCCUCGGUGCACAAUGCACAUGGCUUUUGAAUGUUUAGUGCCAGGAAAUCACACGAUAUACCCAUCACUGAUCCAAGGAGAUCCAUGAUACAAAAUCUGGCUAACAGCUGAUGGCAGAUAAACAUGGUCGAAAAAAAGAUUUCCAACUUUGUAAGAUAUCAAACCCUAUAAAAUGAAUUUAUAUCGUUCAACUGAAUGGAAGAUUUUGGUAUGCGUAAGUUAAAAGGGUCUGCGUUCCAUGUUUUACGACAAGACGGAAGCCGAGAGAGCAAGCCUGCCCUUAACCUUACGUAUCACAAGCUCUAACAAAUUAACUUUUUCUCAUGACAAGGGAAUACCAAGAAAUUGCUUAUUAUAUCUUAACUAACUUACACCUGAUCUGGCGCCUCGAGGAUAAAAAACUUACGGUGAAAGUAAGUAGUGUGAAUUAAAAUGGAAUACAUGACACUGUGACACUGGAUUCACGAGAGAUCGAACAAUACUGAAUUUAGUGAAUAGUUGAAUUAAAAAAUAGUCUUAAGACAAUGUCUCGUAUUUCGAUCGUUAAUUAAACGAUGUAGAGCCUGCGUCCAUCUGAACAAGACUGUUAGCUCUCACACUUCUCAUUAAGGGAUUGUACAAAUGAUUUCGCAAUCUUCUGCAAUUACUUCUCAUUGCGUAAGAUAUUGUGCAAAAUAUUUGUAGGAUUACGAUUUGAUAAAAGAUCUAUCUAAAAAUAUCGUAACAUUUUUAUAAUCAUGUCAUCGCCGGUUGAACCAGAACCAUCCGAUUCAGCGACAAACGAGAUUAAAGAGAAACAACUGAGCAAACCAAGACGCAAACCGUCCGCGCCGAGAAGAAAGGAAAUCACGUUCGGUACGCGUUUAGAGAUAAUACAGAAGCUGGAAAAAGGAGCGACGAUCCAAGAGCUGAUGGUCGAGUAUGGACUCCACCAGAAGACCAUACAGCGUUAUCAAAGGAACGUAAAAUCGCUCCGGGAAAUUUCCAAAUGCCCGCAGAAUCUGACCAUGAUGAGGAAGCCGAGGGACCUAUUCGAGGAUAUAUCCGUUCGAUUGUACGAAUGGGUCAUGGACGAACGGAAAAAGGGGAAAGUCUGGAUCACCGAUAGCAUGCUACAGAAGAAGGCGAAGGAGUUUCACGAGAGCAAGUUUGGUAGCGCGCUGGCGUCCAAGUUCGUCGCGAGCGGAGGCGGUCGAGGCUGGUUAUACCGUUUCAAGCAAAGAUACAACGUGUUCCCUAAUUACGUUCACGAGACGAUAAUCAAUGACAGUGAAUUGACGACGAAGCAACUGUCCAAGCUGAUAAGCGAACUGAACAUGGACAAAGAGGACGUUUAUAUAAUGCAUAAAACAUGUUUGCUAUGGAAAAAAUUCCCGAAAAAGAUAAACCCAAACAUUAAACUGCCGGUGAAAAAUGGUACGAAGGAUUAUAUCGCUCUGGCGUUCUGCGCGAAUAUCGUCGGCACGCAUAAACUCCCGUUGCUCUUUGUCCAUAAAUACGCCGUCCCGCCGUCUUUAAAGAAUUGUAAAGAUCCUCUGCCGGUUAUAUAUAAACAUCAGUUGUACACGUCUAUUGAUAAAAACCUUUUUAACGAUUGGUACGUGAAUCAUUUUCAAUGUAGCGUGAGGCAACGUCAAAAGGAGAAUCGUCGUACAGGGAAAGUGAUGCUGCUGAUUAACAAUUUUAAAACCGAUAUAUCUUAUGUAAAAAUGUUCGACAGCUCGGAUUUUAAGUUGAUCGUCCUCCCGCCUUACACGACCUCCGCGAUUCUGCCAAUAAGUACUAAAUGUAAAAAAUUGUUUUGGCACAAAUUACUACAACAGCUGAACGAAUGUAGCGAGGGUAUCGAUAAAUUUUCUUAUACUAUAAAGGACUGUAUAUUCUUAAUCAGCGAAGCUUGGAACGAAAUCACGCGCGCGGACUUUGAAGUAUCUUGGCAGAAAUUUUUAGGUGACCAGGAGGUGAGAGCCGAAGAUACGAAGAGUCGACCGGAUUUUGAAACUGUCUUCGUCCAAGGCGAACCCGAGGUGAAGGAAAAUGUUGAUUCUGAACAAAUGGAAUCGUUGUCUUCCUGUGACGAUACGUUGAAAGUCGAGGAACUUCAUUUGGACGAGGACGUGCAGACCAAUGAAUGGACUGUUAAAUUGGAGGAGAAGGAAGUCGUUCGCAUGUUCCAUAAUUUAGAAAUCUGGGCCGAGACCCAAUCCGACUUUAUUAAAUCGUGCGCGAAAGUCUUGAUAAAUUAUUAUAACGAACGAUGACACUGCACGCAAUAAAGAUCUUCCUAAUCGAGUUGACUGCCGACCGAA